AUGGCACCUUAUGAACUGGUGUAUGGGAUUGGCACAAAUGUUUCUUUACCUCUGGAAUUGGCAACAGCGAGACUUCAAACUAUAAUUGAGGAUUCCUUCUUCCAAAAUGCUCUGGAGAAGAGAGUCAUGUAUUUGAUGAAGUUGGAAGAGGAAAUAGAGAUGUUAGUGGAUAGAAUUUCUGAACAUCAGAACAGGGUGAAGAAAAUCUUUGAUAUGAGAGCUCGACCAAGAGGUUUCCUAAAAGGAGAUGAAGUAUUGUUGUGGGACAAGAGAAGAGAACCAAAGGGUGCCCAUGGAAAAUUUGAUUCAUUGUGGAAAGGUCCGUUCAAGAUCCAUGAGGUAGUAGGACCAAAUGCAUUCAGACUAAAUUAUUAUGAUGGAACGGUUAUGCCCUAUACCUAUAAUGGGCAGGACCUCAAGCUUUAUAAACUUUGA